CUCUCUCUCCCUCUCUUUUCAACACCUGCUUUUUCUCUCUCCGCGUGUCUGUUUUCUCUUGCUGCAGAGUAGCUUCGCCCGUUCAACGCUUCUGGCCCUUGAACUGCUCAAAUCUUCGCAUCGUUUUCGUAAAGUUUUCGUCUUUACAGCUCUCAAGCUGACGAAUUUGUAUUAAAAGACAAGAACCCGUUUUUAAGAGAGCCAGAGAGGGGGCAGUGAGGCUGCUGACUGUGAGUUUUGAGUCCGUGUUGAGUUGAGUUCCAUGCGCUUUCUGGGUUCAUCAAAAACAGCACUCUUCUUGAAGUCUGAAGCUGUUUUCACUCUCUCUUCAAGCCAGAAUUCCUUGGAAUUGAGUAAAGACUGUAUCUUGAUGGUGCAGUUUUAAGAGGGGGGGAUUUUCUGCUCACCUUAGAAUGCGGAGUACCGGUUCUUGGGAGAGAAAAGGUUAAGGGAAAAGAUGAUGGAACAAAAAAGGAGUCCUUGCAGUGUUGACCACAGUACUAUCACCUCCCUUAUACCCAAGCGUCACAAGGGUGGUUUAUCCAUGUCAAACAAGGAAAGGAAGGAGAAGCUCGGAGAAAAGAUUGUUCAACUGCAACAGCUCGUUUCACCAUAUGGGAAGACAGAUACAGCUUCAGUUCUGUUGGAGGCGUCUGAAUACAUACAAUUCCUCCAUGAGCAAGUUAAGGUAUUGAGCGCUCCAUACCUUCAAACUAUGCCAGCAACUACGACGCAGGAAGCGGAGCCGUACAGCCUGCGAAACAGAGGUCUGUGCCUUGUCCCAAUCUCAUGCACUGCUGGAUUUGCUGGCACAAACGGCGCGGACAUAUGGGCUCCGAUUAAAACUACUUCCCCAAGACUCGAAAAGUCGAUCUCGCAUUUCCAGUGAAGCCUCAUCCUUCAGCUAAUGUAAACAUGAUCACGCAAGGGGCGUGGGUGUGGCGCUGCCUCUCCAUUUUGGUAUUGGCCACCUGAUUUCUCAGUAGCAUCAGUCAUUCUGCUUUUUAUAUAUUGUAUACUUGGAAAAAGCUUGAGCAGCAUAUCCUGGUAAGAAAUGAUGAUAGUAAUGUCUAUGAAAAGUUCUGCAUAUGUAAUCGCUUCCUUGA